AUGACAGAGGCUGAUAUCGUCCCUGGUACCGUUCAUUUGGUUGAUAUAGAGGGUUUCCUUCAUGUCAAGAAGGAAACAGGCUCUAAACAUAAUAUUAUUCUUGUACCUCAACCAACUUCUAACCCCAAUGACCCUCUUAGAUGGUCAAAAACUAAAAAGAACUUACAAUUUUUGCUUGUAUGGUUCUGGGCUUUCAUGUUGGCUGUUAGUGUGGCCUUUUUCGGUUCGUUAUAUGGAGUUUGGAUAUCAGAAGAAGGGUAUACUAUUGUUAAAUUGAACAACAUGGUGGGAUUGCUUUAUGCUUUCCUAGGUAUUGGCGUGAUUACGUUACAACCAACUGCAAUGAAAUUGGGUAGACGUUUCGUCUACUUGAUAUGUUCCGUCAUUUCUUUAGUGGCUUUGGCUGUUGGUGGAAGCGCAAAAUCAAUAGCUUAUCUUUAUGCUUACGGUAUUUUAAGCGGAUAUUCAGCAGCACCUGUUGAUUCUUUGGUAGAAAUCAGUGUUACUGAUACCUUCUUCAAACAUGAAACUGCUACGUAUUUGGGUUACGUUUUAUUGGCCCUUUAUGCUGGUUCUUUCUUGGGCCCUACAGCUGCUGGUUUUAUUGUUGAAAAGCAUAGCUGGAGAUGGACCUAUUGGACUCAAAUAAUCAUUAUUGGGGUCACAUUUAUUGUUCAAAUCUUCUGUAUGCGUGAAACUUUGUUCAGUAGACUGAGAUACACGAAGAAUGACAACCUUGAAGAUAAUAUUCUUUCUCAAAUCCAGUCCCAUGUCAGUGGUGCAUUACCAGAAGAAUCGGAGAAACAAUAUAGUGCUGAAACUGAUAACGUUUCUUUAUCUCAAGAUAUUGAAAACAUGGGAGAAGUGGAUCCAACUAUUGCACCUCGUACUUACAUGGAAAAGUUGAAACCUUAUGAAAUAACGUACAAUGAUGAACGUUCUUGGUUGGUUAUAUUCUUGAGACCAUUUGUUUGCUACUUCCCAGGUAUUAUUUACGGUGCUUUGGUCUAUGGUGCUCAAAUUGCAUGGCUUUCAUUAUUAACUACAACACAAGCUACUUUGUUUGGUGCCCCACCAUAUAACUUUGCUCCAGACAUGGUUGGUACUACUGGUGUGGCAGCUUUUAUUGGUGCUACCUUUGGUAUGCUUUAUGGGGGUAAAUUCUCUGAUUACUUGAUUAUUCGUUUGUCAGAGAGAAACAAAGGUGUUUUUGAACCAGAAUUCAGAUUAUGGGCCAUGAUUAUUCCAACAUUAAUCAACGCUGCUGGUAUUCUUGCUUACGGGUUGGGUAUCAAUAAUGGUGUCCACUGGGCAAUCCCGGUAAUUAUCGGUAAAGGAUUCUUAGGUUUUUCUAUGAGUGCUACUGGUUCAAUUACAUUGACAUACGCUAUUGACUGUUAUCCUAAGAUGGCUAGUGACGCAUUUGUAUUGAUGCUAUUCAUCCGUAACUGUAUUGGUUGUGGCUUUACAUUCGGGUUUGAACACUGGUUGAUUGCAUGUGGAUUAAGUCAAUUGACUUGGUUGUUGUUCAUGAUUAGUAUUAUCAUAAACGGUUCGUUUAUCUUCUUCCUAAAAUGGGGUAAAGAUUUCAGAAGAAUGACAGCCAAAAGAUACUUGAGGUUGGCUAAAACUGGUGGGUCAACUCACUAA